AUGAAAGCCUCUCUGGAGACGCCGACCCGCAGCCAUGGGCUGCGCCUUGCCAUAACAGAGACCAUGGCGGUUUCCUCCUCCCCCGACAGUGGGCACAACCAAGACAAGAAGGCCAAAGCCAAGGUCCGGAAGAGCGGUCGCAGCGUCAUCAGUAAGACGCUCAAACUAGGACGCGAGGCGAGAGUAUUCACGGCUACUAUACACUACAACCCAACCUAUCGACAGCUCGACGGAGCAAUCCACGUUCCCGAAGGCCAGAGCAUUCCGGACGUCAACCGAUUUUUACUGGAUUUAUACCAUGGCCGACACCACAUCGACCGUCAACGUCGCAGCCGGGCUGUUCGGUCCGCCGCCAGUCCCCAGAAGAGGGAGACCACGCCGAUUGUGGACGGAGUCGCCGUCAAGGCAAGCGAGAGCGAGAGCCAGGAGUUGCUAUCGGGUACCACUGCCGUAGGGCUUGCAGAGUGCGGGGCGAACGUAGGGAAAGACGACGCCGCGGAUCCAUCACUGGCCUCGAGGGGACACCAAUGCGAAACGCGCCGUCUUGGCCAUCUUGGAGCCGAAUCCGCCACCGCAGGCACCGCAGGCCUGCAGGGAGGCUUGGAAGGUGCUGCCUUCGACCUAGCCGACCGCGUCGACACCCUCAACAAUCAAGAUGCUGAUUUCGACGUCCACGGCGAACCAGUGGGCCAUGAGACGGACAGGUUUGAUUUGACCAGGAAUCAACUUCCGGAUGAAGGGUUGUGCACUGUGGGUGACGAAGUCGAUUUAGGCUGGCUCGAGCUCCUGCCUGGAGUGACUGAAAACGGGCCGUCGUUAUCUGAUUGGCCGGAGAUGGGUCUGGCUCGAACCUUAAACAGCGGGGGGCCAAGCGAAGAGAUGCAAGGUGUGACAAAAGGCAUCAGACAACGUCGAUUUUUCGAACUGGUGUCGAGUCAUGUCUGGCGCGCGGAGCAAGGUCGCUCAGGGGCCGAGAUCGCGACAGAAGCCUACUCGGCCGAUCCUGACGGUGCGUACGGGAAGGUAAGGAAUGGCUGCGCCAAAGGGUCACGACAGACCCUGAGGAUGCACGGCACUACGGGGCAGGUGGCUGGCCCAAACGCCAUGAAGCCAUCAACGGCAGCCGGAGCCGGCGUUGGCCUUCCGAUGCAGCAGCAGGUCCGAUUUUUCCACGCUGUCGUCCUGCGAUUCCGCCGUCAAUCUGGAGCCGGGACUGCCCCAGACUGGCCAAGUGCCGGAGGGACGGUGAGCGGCGCGGCGUCUGGGUUGCCGGUUGCACGCCCAUUUGCUGACUACGCUAAAUUCCGAACGUAG